GCCGUCAUUCAUCAUCCAAUCGGCUUGCCCCUGGGAUGGAGCGGGAGGCAGGAGCGGUUCCUUUCUCUCUUCUCUUCACCAUCACAGCUCACCAUUUAUCGAAGCGCAGCAGCAUAUCAUCGCUGUUGACAUCAAGGAGAGGAAGUAGGCUAGCAGACGUUGCGCAGCAACUAGCUCCUAGGGGCUCGAGCUCGCACUCGUAACCCUCUCGUCCUCCCGUGAAGCGACCCACCCCAGCGUCGAGCUCAACGCAUAGCAUCGAGCCGGCAAUAUGUCUACCUCCCAUACCACCUCUCUUCAGCCGAACGCGGCGACGCCUACGAUCAAUCUCCCCAUCGAAAGCCCUCCCUUCCUCGCAGAUAGCGACGAUGAGGACUCGCCGCCACCACGCAGCUCCAACCUGAACAGUGUCCAAAUCGACACCCAUCGCCUCGCUCUAUCUGACUACCUGUCGCCUUUCUCCGCCGAAAUCGAGCGCGUCUCUGCGGCUCAUCGAUCCGUCAUCAGCAAUCGUGGCCGAGGAGGGGGCCAGACCAUCGAAGGCGCCUCCGGCUCGGCGGCCAGGCUUAGCAACGCUGAGACCACGGUUCAGUCUCAACCGGUCUCUGUCUCAACGGGGACGGGAUUGCGUCGUCGGACUGCGAGCCGAGAUGUGAAUGUUCGCGGUACAACGGUCGGGGAUGGACCAACUACGAGCGGCGAAGGAGGCGAUGCAUCUCAUCACCCGAACUCGAUCAGCGGCGCAGAUAUGAUGAGCCGCAGCUUGCCCAGCGGAAGCGGCGUCAGUGAGAUUCUCUUCCCACGCAGGGCAUCAGUGGUCGACAUGCCUUCCUCGUCCAACACCAGCUCAUCCUCGGUCAAACGCUCCUUCGACGAGGCCGCCAUUGCUCCGUCCAGUCUCGAAUCUCCGCAUGCCAGUCCUACCGCAUUACCUUCAUCGUCUCGCACUGUAGAGCUGCGUGACGUGGUAAAUAACUCCGGCGAAGGCUCUAGCUCCGCGGUGACGCGUCGCCGUACCUUUACCAGUGGAUCCGAAGGCGUGGCCAGGAGGGUACGAACUGUCUCCUCUUCGUCGUCGAGGUACAAGCGACAGAGGUCUGCGCGGAGAGAGGAGCAAGAGACUGGGCAAGAGAUCGGAGAAAGCUCCAGUAGUGGCGAGUCUCCCUCUCCAUUCUCCAGGAGUAUGCCCCCUCCCUCUCUCCUUUCAUCAGCAACAGCUGCCAUCAAUCCCUCCUCCCAUAUCCUCUCGCGUUUCCCUCCUGCGUUGGCCAUCCCAGGUGGAGCAGGAAGAGACGCUAGCGCGCCUCAUAGCUCGCAACACGGCGACUCCCAAGCGCGAGUAGAGGAAGACCAAGACUUUGCUGCCUCUAUCCUCAGCUCGCCACCUUUCCUGAGACCGUCCGAUGCAGAGCACCUUCCCCGUCCGGCGACACCGCCAGCGGCAGUGACGACAACGACAGCAUGGUCUUCGGCCAUCUCUAUUCCCACGCCGGCAGUUCGUGCUGCCACUUCUUCUAGCUCAUCCGCUCCCAUCAGUCAACUGACGGAGCGUCGCGAUCGUGAGCGCAGCGUUUCCCCACCGCAAGCAGCACAGGGACAGAGGGUUCCUUCCCUUGCCUCACUCAACCUUCUCUCCGGAUCGAGCUUGCGUGUCGCGUCUGCUCAGAUGGAUCGUCAGCUUGCCCAGCUCCAGGACGAGGUGCGCGCCACUCAUCGGUAUUUGGAGGAUUGGAGGCAUACCCACCCGGACAUCGAAAGCACCGCAGAAAGCGCAGCUUCGCCGAGCAUUCUGGCGGCGACGGGGAGCAGCAGCCGCGGAACAGACCCAGAGCCCCCGACUCGCCCUGCUGGUGAGGCCAGGGAGAGUCUCACUGCAGUGGCGAACAUGCUGCAGGACCAGAGGAGGAGGAUUGCAAGGGCCGUGGGAGAGGCUGAGGCUGCGCAGAGUGAGGCAGAAGCUGCGCGCGAUGAUGCAGUCGGCGAGGACAAUGAAUCUACGAGGGCUGAGGACGGCGAUCAGAGCUUCGCUACCGCGGAGGAGAACUGGCCAGAGUACGAUAUUUUCGAGGAGGCUGCCCAGGAGGUUGUGAGCAGUGGGAUCACGACUACUUCAUCAUUCUUGCCCUCGCCAGCUUCGGAUCGCGAAGUCGCCAUGACUCACAAUCCCAUUCAGGGGCGCAGCGAGGAUUUCGCGGCCUCUGAUCAUUCAGAACGCGCCAGGCGUCGCAGCGCUCUACAGGUACUUCAGGAACGUAGAGCUACCUCCUCCUCCUCUUCGGUGGACAGCGCCGCCAGCACCGGUGGCACGAGUGCUCCAUCAAUGCCCUCACCUACGAGCAUUGCACCACACCACCGUCCCCUCUCAAUGAAUCUGCAAGACCCGCGUCUGGAGCUCACAUCCGAGCUGCACGUACAGGGGGUGCCGGCGGAACGUCGGGGUCCACCUUCACUCCCAGUGAACACGCCCUUGUCACAGUCUCAGUCGCAGCCUCGAUCCCAUCUCGGGCAACAGCCAUGGUCAGCGCCGCGCCUGCCGGAUUUGAGGGCUACGUCGCCUUUCGGAUCGCCGUUUGGAGCUGAGCGCCGAGAGGCACCUGUGGACACCACGCAUCAGCAGAGAGAAGGUCGAGGAGAUACGAUCGGAUCACCUCUCCCUUCAUCCGCUACCGAGGCUCAAGAUAGCAGUAGGGCUCAUCGCUUUUUGCCAGCUUCAACGUCAUUGUCACGCCCUCCUCUUCUGCCUCUGUCGCUUCCGAGCUUGCAACGUGAUCAGCCAGACAAUUCAGCUGCAACCUCGAUCUCUACCUCUUCGAGCUUCACGCCGAUAGACUCAGUGCCUCGUCCACCCCAGACAAGCGGCGCAGCCGGCAACUUCAUUGCGCAACAGGCUAUGGAGACCUCAGGGAGGAGGGAUAGCGAGUCAACGCCUCGCCUACGCUCUUUGAGGAUUGGGGCUACGCAGGACCAGGAACCAUCUUCCGUAGCACCUCAGCCGAGUGCUUCUGCCUCUUCAACUGCCAGGCUCGACCUCUUCGCCCCGCAGAUGGAGCGCACGUAUCAAACUCAUCGUACCGUGCAGCCGUCGCGAAGUCCAAGUCCUUCCUCGCGACUGCGUCGCUGGGGUAUGGUCUCCGCUGGGCUGGAACCUUCAUCGUCAUCGUCGUCAUCCUCUUCGAACCCUGUCAAUCGUCCUCGCUCCUACUCUCGCGACUCAGGCAUCCUGCCCUCGUCCAUCUGGGACGGGAGACGUCCUGUUCCGGUGCUUGGCCCUCAACCUGCUCCUCCUCGCGCCGAUGCAGUGGAUCCAGGGCGAUCCAGGCCCAACCCUGACGCAGGGCUCUCCAUGAGCGGAUUGAUGCAUCGUCAACACCAGCGCCUCGCCGCCGCUGCUGAGGCUUGGCCUGGCCAGCCCCAGCCCCAGCCUCAGCCUCAGCUUGAGCAGCAGCAGCAGCAGCAGCGAGGCAGAAGCGCAGCCACGGCUCCCGUAGCCGAGCAAGAGAGGGACGGCGUCAGGCUGAGCAUGCAGACUCCACAUGACUUGGACAGGGUUGCUGUGAGGAUUCAUACAGGCGAUGCUCGCGAGGCCAGCCUUGAUCGAGGCGCAGCGGCUGAGAGCAGUAGCGUCGCUCAAACGGAGCCGCUCAGAGGCGACCAGCAGGCUAGCAGGGGGGCCGCCGCUGAAGGAGGUCAGGACGUGCAGAGUGGGCAUAGGAGCAACGACGCCAGUCAUGCUGAGGGUAGAGUCUUAGACUGGCGUCUCGAGUACUUUGACUUUGCCGAUCAUGAUGAGCCGCGUGCGCGGUCUCCAACGACUCCCACUGCCAGUCUCGGUGCCGCUGCGGGCAGAAUUACAGACGACCGGGAGCCUCACUUCUUUUACCUCGGACGCUCCUCAGGACAGGAGGCACGCGAACCAGGCUCUGCCUCUGCUAGCACCAACUCACUGCGCAGAUCCCGCAACAGCACGAUCUCACCAUCCUACGUGGCCGAUUCCCCUCCCUUUCAACGAGCGGAGAGGUCUGCUUCGCCGGAACUUCCUUUCUCUGCAGAUGACGUGGCGCAAUGGGCUAUUCAAAGCGGCAACGAGACGCGCAGGGCUGCAGGUAUGCGCCCUUGGCCGGACAGGACGAGAGAGGUACCACCACAGGCUGCUUCAACAAGCUCGAGACCAAACGCUGCGGGGAUGCGCACGGCUGCGACUCCAAGAUCCGCAGCCUCUCUGAGUGGGUCGCGCAGGUACGGUCAGCUGACGGACGGCUUUGCUGGGUUCUACAAUCGGCCGGAGAAUCGCAUCGCAGCCAGCAGGAACAGCAAUGCCAACGACAGUGGAGCAAGUGUCGGUACUGCCUCCAGUCUGCGUCGCACUACCGCCUCGACCUCCCGCGACCACGCCGCAGACGCCCACUCACGUCGCCUUGCCCACUUCGGCCGCGAGUACGCACAACUGCGUCGCUUCCUCGCACGAGAGCGUCUUAGUGGCGGCCUUCCUCCUCCCGAUGACCCGGCUCGCGAGCUCGGCCGUGCUUUUGGUCAGCAAAUCUGGGACGGGGUGACAGCCGAAUUUGCUUCUGCCGCGUCUAGCAGUGGUGCCGGUCGAGGAGGCGAGACUCGACACAGCGAGCGGGAGUUCCUCUCGCAGAUGCACAGGCAGAAUUACGAUCUCUUCUCACCUGAUGAGCUUCACCGCGUCCUCAACCAUGGACACUCUGCGGCCGCAGGCUCUGCAGCGGCGGAUCCGGCAAACUACAUCGACGAUGACGACUUUGCACACUUGGACUCUUAUGAGCAGCUGCUCCACCUCGGUAGGACCUUGGGCGAGGCGAGGCCAAGAGGAACAUCGCGGCGCGUGGUAGAAGAGUUGAAGGUCUUCACUUUCGGACAGGCUCAGGCUGCCGCUGCUGCCAGGGAAGGCAAGGCAGCUCCAGAGGACGCUACCGCUGAUCCGGAGCCGGUCAAGAUCGACAUCAAGGGCAAGGGCAAGGCAUGCGAUUGCAAUUGUCCAGUGCAUCGUGCCCGCGCCGACUCUCAAUCGACGUCUGUCGCGCCCUCAUCUCUCUCCGCCACCUCGUCCUCGGCCCCCACCUACGACGUGGGCCCACACUGUCCGAUCUGUCUCGACGAGUAUGCGAGCACAGAUCUGCUUGCCGAGUCGUGGUGCGGGCGCCAUUCCUUCCAUGAGAAGUGCCUCAAGCGAUGGGCCAAGGAUGCCAAGAGCUGUCCGAUGUGCAGGGAGAAGGCGCCUGCGAGGACGGGCAUGAGCGACGAAGAGCGUGAUGCGAGGCUUCGAGCGAGGGAGGAGAGGAGGGAGGCGAGAAGAGAUUCGAGAAGGGGCGAGAGUCGCAUCGCGUAGGGCGAGGAUGUCGCGAGGAGGGAUGCGGAAAGGCGGUGGAAUGCUGUGACCUUCUCACAGUGGGAGCAAUCCUAGGCGCGGGCGAGGAUGGACUUUCUCUCACGCUAUGUCGCUGAUACUUCGAUGCUUUCAUUCGCGAUGAGAUUCAUUGAGUAGAUGAAAUAUGAUUCAUGAGACACUCGAA